GUGAAACCCCAUUAUAUAUAAAUUGGGUAUGGCUUCUGCUAUAAGUAUGCUUCCAUGUACUCGAACGGAAUAGUUAUUAUUUUUUGCUUAUAUAUGUAAACGUGACUCGCACAAGGUUGUUCGGUUAGGUAGCUUGACCCAAGACAUAAGCCUACAAUGAAAAAUGUCAAAUUACGGUAAUAUAAGAGAAAAUAUUUAAUACAAUGACAAUAUCACAUUAUCGUGUUAAAACAGUACUGUAGCUUCAUAAAAUUUAUUUCAUCAAAAACCUUUAUUGUUAAAAAUGAUAGUUAAUUUUUUAAAUGUGAAAAUUACUCUCAAAUUUAAAAUUCCCUCUCUUUGAAUUAAAUUCAAACCGAUGUGAAUUUUACUGCGACCCCUACAAUGUCAUUCAAACCUUACGAAUGAUUAUUGAUUUUUUAUUAACUUAAAAUCAAAAGAAAAUUUAGAAAAAGUGAUUUAUAGUGAUUAUUAGAAUAACGACAUACAAACAAUACAUACAGGCAGAAUGAUGUAUAACUCUAUUAAAUUGGUUUAGUAUAGAAAUUUUAUUAAAAUAUCAUAUAUAGUAAUAUUAUAUAAUCACUACUUUUUACUGUCAUAUACUGUUGAAUUUAAAGAUCAAAUUUGUCGCCGUCUCAAGGUGCGCGGAAAUCGAAAAUAUUUCGAAACCAAACGUGAAAUUCAUCCCAGCACGUUGCCUUCCCGUGGGGUUUCAUAAUUACGUCCCCCUCUCUCUCUCUCUCACGCACGCACGCACGCGCGCGCACACACACAGAGGCAAACAUGGCGCGCACCUUCCUGAUUUUUGGUAGGAACGUCAGGCAAGUUUCCAUAGGCUGAAAUUUAUAAAAACAGAGAUUUAAGCUGUCGUCAAGGAGCUAGUUUAGAGACGCAGACGUCCAGCUGAAGGAAUGGGGAAUUCCCGGCGUUGGUUUGGCAUUCUCCGUACAAGACCCUUCAAAACAUCUCCUCAAGAAACUGUCACCGUCUUCCACACCAUUGACACCACCACAACCUUCAGCCAAGAACUAACUACGCCUAGAGAAGCUGCCAGCGCUGAACUAACCGCAUCCGAGAAGAAAAAGCUGUCUAAAGAGGACGAUGCAGCCAUCAAAAUCCAAGCGCUCUUCAGGGGUCAUCUCGCAAGGCUUGCUUUUCGGGCACUAAAGAGCCUGGUGAAGCUGCAAGCUGUGGUCCGUGGGGCGUCCGUUCGAAGCCAGGCCCGGAUUGCCCUCCACUGCAUGCAUGCGCUCGCUCGGCUACACGUCACCGUCCGUGCUCGGCAGCUCCUCGGCUGAUGAUUCA